CAGCACAGCAGCAGGUUACCUAUGCGCGUGCAGAUCAGGCCGCGGGGCCUAGUCAGGCCGUUCGUCCAUCUCCUUAUGUAGCCGAGGGACGCGAAGCCAAGCAACCGCCUCGCCUCGACGUCGACAGGAUUAGCAAGCUUGCACGCGACCACCAACGUCCCGGGUGGCGGCUUCAAACCAUGAGAGUCUUGGCCCUUUGUUAAACAAUCACGUUGCCUUGUCCUGAACAUGCGUCGAUCCGCAGCGCGUGCAGUCGUCUUAUCGUUUGCAGGAGCUUCUUGAGCAGCAGAGCGUGUGGGCAGCGGACGCAAGGGGGGCCCGUCCAUUCAGCCCCAUCAUCGCCAUUAUCCCAUUGUCAUCACCACCACCAUCAUCAUCGUCAUCAAUGCCGGCGCUGCAGCCGCUUCUGCCACUGAUUCAGCGCGGCGUUGACAACACUACGCAGGCCAACACCAACGCCGCCGCGGGCGAUGCGUUGCAAGUCAUCUGUGCCUGGCCCGUCUCUGGCCAGUACGGGCCCGGCUCGAGGAUCCUGUGAGUGAAUCUACUGCAGUGCGGUACUAGUACUACACGAUGAGACAAUUCGAGAUGGAGGCUUGGCUUGGUCAAACCGGGCUUGUCGCCUCUUGGCUCGAGCCCACUUGGUUUUCUUGGUUAAUGGCCGACGGACCGACUGACCGUGACAACGACACCAGAUACUACGUCCUUAUAGCGGCGUGUGUGCUCGCGCAAAAGUCCGUCUGGAUCAGGAAUGCGUGUCUGGCCGCAGCCCUCUUACUGCCAGCCGUCGCCGCGGUGCACGCCAUUGUGCUCGCGGCGCUUCAUGUCGAUGGCGCCGUCGACAUGGACGUCUUUGGGGCCUUUCAACUCUGCUCCAUUGGCAUCCUCGCCGCGCCGGUAACCGUUAGACUGUCUCGGACCUACUUUAACGAUCCCGGCCGCAACACCAUCUUUCUCUGGGCUGGGCUCAUUCUCGCGGGCCUCCUCAGCCUUACCGUCGAGUUCUACCGAAUUGGAACAUCCAGCUGCUCGGAAAAGGAGGCUGGCAUCCCCAUCCCGCGAGACACAAACCAAUUUCCGUAUGGCAACACGACGUGCGGGCUUACAUGCUCGGUGACGGAGGGCCCCUUUUCGCCCAUGCGCGGCGGGGCGGCCAAGGACAUCUAUGUGAUUCCCGCGCCAGAUGGCCUCACCUUUGGCACGGCGACGCUGCUCGCGGCGGCGUGCUGCGUCCACGCCAUCUUAUGGCUGGCGUCCAUGAUGGACAAGAUACUCGAGAUCAACUUCAAGUCCGUCUCUUUGCGCUUCAUGGAGCGGGAGACGGACGGGCAGAUGAACGACCCCAUAGAAGGGACCAACGGGGCAACGAUAGGGAGCAUGAAAAAGGUCAACAACAUGGUACGCUUGUUCCUCAGCGUGGUGGCGGUCCCGGUGUUUGGAGGAGCUGGCCUGGCAAUCCUCAUUGUGGGCGAGAGGAAUUUCUUCAGUCCUCAGGUCAAGUAUCAAAACGAGCCGUUGGCAAGCAUAGGGCAAUGGGCACCAAUUGUUGGAACUGGACUGGCGGCGUUGGGCUCUUUAUACCUUCUCCUCAAAGGCGACGCCAACAGCACCAGCGACGGAGUCUGCAAGAACUGCGCCCAUCACACAAACCAGUCGCCCAGCAGUCGCGACUCCCACAGCCUCCGCGGUUCGGUCGACGACUCUGACCGGACACGUUCGCCCCAUGUACCCGAGAACCCUUCGGCAAGCAUGCCACCGAGUGCCAAUGAUGGCAUGUCGCCGCUGCGGCCGAGCUUCACGACACUGACUCGGUACGUCACCGGUCACUCAAGUCAAGCCACGACGGUGCGUUCCGACGUCGGUGGAAGGCGCAAAGUCGCCCGCGCGUUCCACGCCAUGGGCAAGUCGUUCAACUCGGCGGCGUACGAGAUGAUGGGCACGUCCGGGUUCGAGCCCACGCGCGCGGGCGACUUCCCCGAGAUCCCGGGCGAGGUGAACCGCAACCGCAAGCUGAGACGCAUACGAGAGAGAUACAACCCGCAGAGGGACGCGGAUGGCUACGAGACUCCGCUGCCCCGGUCUCGGUCCAGGGCGACGAGCUUCGUGGGCAGCGUCGUGUCCGCGCGCGACGAGACCCCUGGCCCUUCGUCGCCGCAUGCUGUCACCGCCGCGAGUGGGACGCCAGCUCGCAGCGUGUCCAGACCAAGGGCAAUCACUUUGCCCACGACGGGCAGUGCGGCCGGCCUCGAACCCGCGGAAGCGGCGUCCCCAACGAGUGACCCAAGCCGGGGGAGACAGCGUAUGAGACGGGAGACGCUCCAGGUUCCCGUUGAGGCGCAUCACCCGACGAGGGUGCGCCGGUGGCGACAGAGCUUAUCACCACAGCCUUGAUGUACAUAAUUCUGCCUUUCUUCGUUGGGGCGUGACAGAGUUUUCGCAGAGAUACCCCUUGGUGCACAGCAUGAUAGACGCCAUACCUGGAUAUAUGCGAGCGGCAGUAGGUUUCAUGUCAAAGCAUUGUUUCUUCGAGAUGUCAUAGCAUAGAAGAAUGUCAUGUUCUCGGCGAAUUUGCGCUUACCAGCGGACCUGGGACCACAAUACGACAGCUUGUAAUCAGCGGUGCCUAAUACGGU